AAUCCUCAUCACCGACGCAAACAAAACAGCGACUUUAAAUUCACACAGAAUCUCCCCAAUUUGCUAUGCACCCACAGUUGGAUACAACCCAUAAACCCCACAUCUCCUCUGCAUACCCCAUUCUGUACCUAUAGAGAGAGAUAGGAAGAAGACACUUUUGGAGAGAGAAAAGGGAAACAAAAGAUCAAGAAUCUUUCAUACCCAGAUGGAAGAUUUCAGAUCCAAAUCCUACAAUGCAAAUGGUAUGCAAAUUCAGCCUUACAACAGGAAUCUCCAAGAUUUCCGAUGUUACAGUACUUCUUAUGCAUCAUCAUCUUCUCACACCCAGAUGGACAACAACACCAAUCCAACUGCUGACAAGUUCAAGAAACAUGCCAGCAAGUCAACGAAUGGGUCAAUGUCCAAAAGUUGGAGCUUUACUGACCCUGAAUUGCAGAGGAUGAAAAGGGUUGCUACCUACAAGGCUUAUACAGUGGAAGGAAAAGUCAAAGGGUCAAUUAAAAAAAGCUUUAGAUGGAUUAAAGAUAAGUAUUCACAGAUGGUUUAUGGUUUCAGAUCAUGACACAAUCAAGUUUCUCUUCUGAUAUGUGGAAAACCCAUGUUGGAUCUUUGGUUUUUGAUCAUCUUUAUAUAUGAUUUUGCGUUUUUAUGGUGUUUUUGAGGAUGGAGUUGUUAAAUAAUGAGAAAACAUUUCAUCUUUUUUUUA